AUGGCGCAAUAUGCCGCCUCCGCCGCGCAGCAUUCGCUCUCGCUCUCGCCCCUCACUCCCGUCGCCGCCUCAUCCUCGCCCGCGGCUGGCGGGCCCGCCUCCAAGGGCCCUGGUGGGUCAAAACCCGUCGGUGGAGCUGGAGCUGUACCAGGACCAGGACCUGGCGAUUUCGGAUCCGCCGCCGGUGCUGCCGCCGGAGCCUCGACUUCUGCCCCACCCUCGGCCCACAAGCGUGUGUACCAGGCCUGCAUCCCGUGCCGCCGCCGCAAGGUCCGCUGUGACCUCGGCUCCGUUGACGACCCCCGCGAUCCGCCCUGCGUGCGCUGUCGCCGCGAGAGUAAGGACUGCUACUUCAGCGCCACACGGCGCAAGCGCAAGGCCGACGACGAUACCGUCGAGUCGCCCGAGGAGGUUGACCAUGACGACUACAUAGUCCGCAAUGGCCGCAAGAAGCUGCGCGAGACAGAGUCCCCUACCGUGCCCACCAUUGACCGCCGUCUCUUCAGCGACGUGCCCCUUACCCCCGGCGGUAGAGAGGGACGUCCGCGCCCCCUAUCGCGUCCCAAAGACACGACGCCCACCAAGAGCACCACCGACACUAGGAGUAGUACCGUCGGCGAGUUCGGCAGCGGUGAGCCCAACAUGCCUCUCGAGAACUUUGAGGCCAGGUCCGUCAUGCGCAGGGAGCUGUACGGGCCCCAUGAUGCGCUAGACCUGCUUUACAAGGCUGCCACAGACAACUCGUCCUCGCACCCGCACGACCAAACGCCCCUGCCGUCUCGUGGCUCCGCUCAGGCGAGCAAUCUCCAGGCCCGCCCCGAUGCUCGUUCAGCCAAGUCGUCGUUCAACGGCCGUGUCGACGGAGCAGGCGACUACCACGGCCGUAACACGUUGCGCCAGGGCGGUUUGGCCGACCAGGCCAUCGACCCCGAGCUCGUGAAGCGCGAGCCCUCGUCUGACCCAACCAACAAUGAGGCACUCCGAGCCUGGGCGAGGUUUCGAUUUGUGCGAGCAGGUUGGUUCACGGCCCAGGAAGCGAUUGACUACAUUGACCAUUACUAUGAAUAUCUCUCGCCCCUCACACCAAUAUCGCCUCCAACCUUUCGGAACCCCAGUUCUCACCCAACGCUCCUAACUGAAGAACCCAUCCUUGCCGUAACCCUCUUGACUAUUGCGUCUAGGUAUCGUGUCAUGCCGGGCACUGGCGGCCACUGUCGGUCGCACGCCAUCCACGAACAACUCUGGACCUAUCUGCGCGGUAUGAUUGAGCGCGUGGUCUGGGGCCAAGAGGCAUUUGGUGGCGGACUCUGUGGCUCCGGCAGCGACGAAAUUCAGAACUCCAGUACGGCGCCCUGGAGGGGUCUCCGCAGAGGAAGCUUGAGAACCUUUGGGACCAUCGAGUCUCUAAUGAUCUUGACCGAAUGGCACCCGCGGGCCCUCCACUUCCCGCCCAACGAGGCUAUCGAUGAGUUGCUGCUGCCCUCGUACGAAUCACAAAACAUGCUCGAUGACGACGGAAAUCAGCGACCUUCUGCCAGCUUCGGCGGCAGGAGGAUUGAGAGCUGGCUGGAGCCAGCCUGGCGCAGCGACCGCAUGUGCUGGAUGCUACUGAGCACUGCAAUGGGCCUUGCAUAUGAACUUGGUGUGUUUGACGACAUUGAUGAGAUGCUUGCAGCAGGGACCAUCGCCCGGCCCGAAUACGAAGAAGAGACGUACCGGCUGAGAGCGUAUCGCAUCAAGAGACUGCUCCUGGUUUAUCUCAGCCAGCUAGCCGGCCGCCUUGGCUGGACCAACAUGGUCCCUGAAAACCUGCGCAAGUCGGAUCCAGUAGUGUCGCGGAAGCGUCCGCAUUCCGUCGACGGAGCUACGCCCGUGACAAAUCUUUCGUCUCUCUCCAACGGCUUCAACUACAUCCCGGACUUGGAGCUGGACGACCAGAUCAUCCAUUGCUGGGCCGGGAUCAGUAACGCUAUGCAUAUAGGCAACGAGAAACUGUUCCGCUCCCGCAAACACACCACUGACAUCAUCCAAAGCGGGAAAUACAUUGGUCUUCUCAAGGACUUCCAGCCCAUGCUAAGGGACUGGUGGAGGGAAUUUGAGCGCUUCCGCAUGCCCCCGUACAUCCGCCACAUCCUGACAAUUGAGUAUGAGUAUGUCCGCAUCUACAUCAACUCGCUCUCCUUACAGGCGGUUGUGGAGCGCUGCACAAACAACGCCGGCGGAGGAGGUUCGGUCCCGGGAGGAAGUGUAUCGGGAAACUCUGCCCCGCAGCUGUCGCCCCAAACUCAGAACUACUAUGGAAAGCUGCCGCUGGGACAGCUCGGCGGAUUCGGUGUCGACGAUCAAGAGUAUGUCAGAGAGGUUGUCAAUGGCAGCCGGAAUCUCUUGCGGACUGUUGUCGAUGGGUUGCUACCGGGGGGCUACCUGAAGCACGCACCUGUUCGGACCUACUUCCGGAUCAUCAGUGGCGCCAUGUUCUUGCUCAAGACAUUUGCCCUUGGAGCCCCAAAGUCCGCCGUUGAGCUCAGCAUUGGCUUAAUGGACCGCACUGUGGACGCGCUUAGGAACUGCGUUGUCGACGACGUGCACCUGGGAAUCCGUUUUGCAGACAUGCUCGAGACCUUGACCAGCCGCCUCCGCAACCGCUUCAUUCACGCCCCGGCGCCACAGGUCUCUGCCGACGGCAGAUCCCCCGCCCCAAACCACAUGGAGGCAAUGAAUGGCGGCAGCGCCAACGGAAACGGUCACGGCCUCUCAGCUCACAAUGCAGCUGAAUUGUGGAUGAAGGUGAGGGAGGGUACAAGCGGUCCGGAACGCUCCAGUACCCCAGCCAACAUAUCGGCCACGCCGUGGGACUUGACGUCCGGCAACUUCCCUUACCCAUCCGGAUCUGCCUCCAUGUUUGGGCCAUCCACUCCAGCUGCCAUCGGGAUGCAGGAAAACGGCAAUAACAACAAUGGGAAUGGCAAUCAUCACACCAGCCUGACAGAUUCUCUAACGUUCGAUAACUCGGACUGGACCAACCCCGGCAACGAGAUGUGGUAUCUGCCGACCGGGCCGGCUUUCUUCCAGAAUAUUGACAACACGUCGGUAUCGAUGACGGCCGAGGGUGUCAAUGUCAACGGCGUUGAUCUGCUCGAUUUUAUGGCCAUGGACCCCAUGGACCAGCAAUUUAGUGUCAUGGACGGGAACUACUAAUUUUCUUUUCAUUUCUCUGCUUUUCAUUGCUUUUCAUUUGACGAAUCUUCCUAGCGAGCUGGCUUGGUCAUCUUAGAUGGAGAGAUAUAAGCGGAAAUAUGAAGGGAUAUGAAUUAUGGGAUUUCCUAUUUAUUUUCUUGCUGUUUUUCCUUCAAGACAUGGCUACACCGCAAGGAUACCACAUACCCCCACAACGAAAAAAAUAUGCCGGAUGACGAGUGAUAUAAAACAGGGGGAAAAGUGGGAAAUAGGGAGAAAUUGUCGCGACGAAGGGGGGGAUGGGAAAAAAAAACCAAGGAUAUUAUAGGGCAAAAGAGGAUGAUGGCAAUGGAUUGGGACUACGAUGACGAAUGAGAGGAAGCAGCGAGGUUGCUGUCCUGCUUUGGGAAGCGUGGGCUAUAUGGAAUUUCUUUCUACUUCAUUUUUUCCUCAUCUUUUUCUGUUUUUGUUUUUGGUGUUUCCGUUUCUUAUGGAGUCACUGCACAUCAUGACGUGA